GGAGAGUCCCAGCUUCAUUGCUACCCGUGCCUUUUAAGGUGACGACCCUGCUGUCGCUAACGCGAAGAGAGCCUGCAACAAGCUACUUUCAUCAUCGAAAAGAGACUGUAAAAUUAUCGAUUUGACCUCGCAGAUCAUGACCUACGAUCCAAUUAAGGUCAAUGGCGUCUCCUCUCACCCGGUCUUCUCGAAGAAGUGAAGGCCUCACGACGAGAUCCAGCACCAGAAACAACGUCGCGAUCAACCCAGGCAGCCACAACAAACCGCAUCAACCCAAUAUCGGUCGCAAGAAGCGUCCCAGAGACCCCGCAGACCACGGGGACGACUCCAUCAUGGCGAAGAAGGCGAGGAUCUCAAUAGAGAUCACUUCACGGCCAAAGGCACAGCCAAAAACCAGAUCUCUUGUCAUCAACGCGAAGGCGGAGACCGCUCCCCAGCGUUCCGCAUCACCACCAAAACACGCAAAGCCGACAGCAACACAGACAGAACCUCCACCACCGCCCCCGCCGAAGCCUACAAAUCACCACCAGAAGGUCGUCAAUGGCAUUAAACACGAGCUUGACAGGUUACAACCUAAUUCUGCAGAUCUCAAGGCUGAGAAACGCAAACUACGGUCACAAGAGGGGACGAGGUUCAAGAGCGAACUGUCGGCAUACUUCCCGGAGUAUGACGAGGUGAUUGGGAACGAGCCUAAGGAAGAUCAUAUUUUGAAUCUCGAUACGCCCAUAAUCAUCAUCGACAGCGCCAAGACAACCAAUAAACAGCCAGCCUUACCACGAAAGUCGAACGGCCAUAAGCACGAAUAUCCCCUCAAAGAAUUCCCCGAUUACCUUUUUGACGAUCUUCACGAUGCGCAGCGAGUAGAUUUCUCGUUCUUAGAUAAGCAUUACAAGGAGGAAGGGGGAGAGGAUCCAUUGACCGAUGCAUAUUUCGAGUCGAUCCACCGAAAGCCCGAACGGCAGGAAAAGGCCAUUCGGAAUUCGGAUAAAGGUCGCGCCCAGCAUGAAAGGGAUCAAGUUAUAAGGUUGCUGGAAGGCCUGCAAGGCCAUGACUGGCUGAAGUUGAUGGGUGUUAGUGGCAUAACGGAGUCCAAGAAGAAGGACUAUGAACCUGCGCGUGAGCACUUUGUCAAAGGGUGUGAAGCCAUUUUAGAAAAGUUCCGUCUGUGGAGGGAAGAAGAAAAACGUAGGAAGUUGGAGAAGGAGGCCGCAGCUGCAGAGGCAGCUGAGGAGGAGGAGGCAGAAGAGGGAGAUGAAGGAGAGGAACAAGAAGGAUAUAUCAGCGAUGGCGAUCCGCCGGACUAUAGCGAUGUCGAUGCCUCGGCUGCUCGACAGCUGCACGAAGAGGCAAUAGCUCGAUCAGCUCCACUUACAAAGCAUUCUGAGAAGAAGGCGAAGGUGGAACCUAUACCACCAGCGAUCCCCGAGGUUGAAAAGGAAUUCACGUCCUUUUUCGCCAAACCAUAUCUUCGAGCGGCGGCACUCGGAAAGCAUCGACGCAGCGGAAGAAGUGUAGCGGCAUGGGGGCAUCCUGUUCCAGAUGUAACGGACGUUGAUUUCGAUUUGCCAGAGGAGUAUCGGGAUGAGGAUACAUUGAAAGCGCAUGCUAGGAGGAAAAGGAGAGAUAGGAGGGUCAGUAAAAGCUGAGAAGAUCGAAUGUGGAAUGAAAAUAUGGGCGGAAAAACUAUACAGGGCCGAAUUGAAAGUGCUUCAUUUGGCAUCGUCUGGUCUGCUGGUGCAUCAUUGGGAGGGGAUCGGAAGCAGGACUUGCUGGAGGCGUUGGGGAUGCGUGUGAGAGUAUUCAGGAUUGUAUCAUAGGGCUUCCAUGGAAGCAGAAUAGCGGCGGCUGAAUUCAAAUUCAAAGAAUCGUGAC